AUGUUUUGUGGAGGAAUUUUUGCUUUUUGUCCAGAGAAUGACGAUAUUUUUGUUGUUGCUGAUGGGCAAGAAAUGACUCAACACGAUCUCCUUAAUAUUUGUCGUGGCUCGAUGAGUAUUUUAAUAAAUAGCCCAAUUGAACAAGGUGCCCGUAAAGUUUUGUUCGUUGAAGCAGCAUCAACAUAUCUUGGACAAUACAAAAAUUAUAUUUUUGGUAUUUCAACUUAUCAUCAGCAAAGUAUUCCUUUAUUAGCAGAAUUUCAUGCUCGUUUACUCGGUUUAUUAAAAGUUCAAUUCCCGAAUGAAAUAAAUUUGACUAACCAUCAUGCUCGAUCUAUUCUAUUUCACGCAUUAAAGGCUCUUCUAGGAAAUGAUAUUACCCACAAAGCAACACCUACAACCAAACUGCUUAACAUUCCAGAAACAGUUGCCCUCAAUACAGCUGUCUCAUUCAAAUUAUCUCCAAAGAUGGAUGGAGAUUUCUUCAUAAAUGAUCAAGCGGAUGCCCAAUCAAUGGACGUUUCCUCGACAUUGGAUUCAAUGGCUUCCGGUUUGUACAACCAGAACCCAUCUAUUUCAGAAGAAUCUGAAACAGGAACAGUUGAUUUGGCGAUUGAAGAAGAAAUUACAUUCGAUGUAGCAAAUAAUGAGAUAAAGAACAGUGAUGUCGAAGUCCGUAUCAGUGCCGUUGUUCAAUGCAAGUCUGACUUAGGUGGAUUAUUCUUAAAGGUUCCACCUCAGCCGCCGACAGUAAAUGUUCGUCCAAACCCUCAGUUUAUGCAAGAACAGAACGAAUUCUACGUCUGCGCUACUCCUGCAAAGGCUUUAGCCGAAUCUCAGCUUGUUCUAUUUAUCAAGGGUGAAAACCCAACACCAAUCCCACCACCAUUCCACGUCAAUACGUUAAUACAAGAAAACGAAGAAUACGCCAAGGUUACAGUUACAAUAUCUUCAGAAAUUGAAGUCAACUCUAUCGUUAUCGGUAUUGAAGGUCAAGGCCUUAAUGCCGACACUGUUUCAUCACCAAAUAGCGAGCUCUCCAACGCUAAUGGCACAAUGUUUAUCCUCAGACCAAAUGAAUCGAUUCCAGCCGGUGGAGGCCAAAUCGAGGCUUCAUUCUUCGGUAGACUCGACUCGAAGUUUACAAGACCACAAACUGUUUCUAUUCAAUGCAAUUUACCAAACUACUUAUUGGGCGACUACAAGCCUGAGAUGAAGCCAGGAUCAAACUUCAUCACUGGUGUUGUUCAGAAGAAGACAUUUGUUCAGAAAUCUACAUGGGCUAUUAGCGAAUAA